CAUUUACGGUAUUAAACUCUUCGGUUUCUUAGCCUAUACCUCGUGUUUUCCCCAUGUUAUGUUUCUCGCUUUUCUUUUUGGGAUGUAUUCAGCAAUCAAAGAUAAUUUUCCCAUUACUCAUGUAAGAUGCUUCAGUUCUUCGCCCCCAUUCCGCUUAUCAAAUAUGUCCACCUCUGUCGCUCCUGCAGUCUAUCUCGCUUUUUCGCAUUUAAUUUAAAAGUCUGGGGCGAUGGUAUCGAUUGUCGCUUGUAGUUUUUGUUCCCACUUCCAGGGCACUACAUGUUUCCUCAAUGCGGCAAAUUAUUGGCCAUCCCCUCAGUCCUCCAGCCCUCAAUUAUAGCCAAGAAAUUCAGUUUUGAUAGAGAAACAACAGCCUCCGGAAAGUUAUUUGUGUCAGUACAAUUUGAAUUUUCGGAAGCAACUGCUGACACGACAGCAGAGCGGAAAAAAUAGAAGAAAAACGCCACAAGAAGGAGUCACAAAUUUUCACCAGUCUAAGGGCUCCUGGAAGUUCUGGAAAAGUUACCGACCAUCUUGACACCUUGACGUUUUGCAAAUUGAAAGUUUUUGAACUUUCACCAUUUUUCCAAUCCAUUCAACCUGCCCGAAAUGCGUUCCUUGUGGUUUCUGCUGUUGGUGGCUUUCAUUUUGUGCGGCACAGGUGUUGCAGCUUUGCGUUGCUACAAAUGUGAGGACUGCGAUGAGAAUACCCAACUCGGCGACAUGGAAAUGUGCGAUGGCCCACUAAUGAGUGGCACUGGACAGGGCACACCUGCCACUUCCAUUUCCAGUCCGAGUCCAAGUCCAAGUCCGAGUCCAAGUUCGAGUCCAAGUCCGAGUCCAAGUCCAGGACCAGGACCAGCUGCUUCUCCAGCUCCUGCUGCAUCACCCGCCCCCGCAGCUCCUUCCGAUGUCAGCGAAGAGGAGGACUAUGAGAGCGAGGAGUCGUCCACCAUAGGCAUCAUGCCAGCCGGAAAUAUUGUGCCCCAGAAACCCGGAAGCGGAAAUGGUGCACCACCAGCAGGAACUGGAGGAGCAGCAGCAGAAGGAGCAUCCGAAGGAGCUGUCAGCGAAGAGGAGGAGGAAGAGGACGAAGAGGAGGAGGAACGGCGCAGGCGGAGAUCAAUCGGCCGACAGGUCGACCUCGACAUGCCAAUCCCCUUCUGCUACAUAGUGAGGCUCCAACUCAAUGAAUCAGUGAUCACCAAGAGGGGUUGCACCACUGCCAGGAUGAGUAAUGACACGGGAGGAUGCGACGGUCUCUUUGACAACUGGACCGUGGCAGGAUGUCAUCUGUGCCCGGACGACGGAUGCAAUCGCCCCAUCAGCGGAUCAUCAUCCAGUAGAAUUAUGGUACAAUUCCGGACCAUUCUAACGCUCACGCUAAUGGCAUUUAUGGCCCGCUAUCUGGGCAAUUGACUUGGUUUAUAGAAAUACAUUAAUAUAUAUGGCCCAAGAAGUUUGAUUUCGACUUUGGGCGUCUGAGCUCAUUUUAUUUUUGGAAGCGCUUGUGUGUUUUUUAAAGCACAUGAUGUGUCUAUUAAUGGGUCGCUUACCACUCGUAAUGUUCGGCGGCAAUGAGCACACCUGAGCUAUUUUCGCAUAAUUGUUUAAUUGGCAUCGAUAAGGCAUUGUCCCUAUUUUUUUGCGCGCGAACACAGGGGAAAGUGCUCGCUCAUUGAGCCCGUUCAUUCAGUUGCAGGCGUAUCGGAAUCAAAUCAAUUAGUGGCUACCGAUAAGUGAUGACGAGAAAUAUAUGAUAUAGUCGGGUGCUCCCGUUCAAAUACAAUAUCAUGACUUCAUGCCUACAACCGCAAACUGAUAAACUACUGAUAUACUUGAUACACUGAUCAAAUGGCCAAAGCAUUUAGGCCGAUAAGCGUUAGGAAGUCGAGUGGCAAUUGCUGCCUUAAACUUUGCCGAGAUUUACGGCAUUAUUUCGGGGGUCCGGAAUUGAGCAGCGUUCUUAAUACAGCGAUGAGGAAACGCGCCCGAUAACAAGGUAUCACUUUAAGGAAACUUGCUCUAAACUGUAAAUGCCACUGCCAAAUUCGUUAGGUUGAUAUAAAAUGUAUAUACUAUAUAUACCUUUUAACUCCUCGAUUUGUGGGCUCGCAUUUGGGGGCUUUUAAACGCUUCCCCGUUUUAUUUUCGUCGGCUUCCGGGACGGUGAAGUAAAGUAACUUGAAAUGACGAUCAUGCCCAAAAGCCUUUCAAAAACCCGGCUUUCAAAUGACGUCGGAAGAGAAUCGUCAACCAACGAGAAUCCAAAGAGAAUCCCAAUGAGUUUAAACAAAAACCCCAGAGAAAGAGAAUCGUCAUCGCCGUGUGAGCACUUAGCACUUUACGUGAUGUCGUCGACACUUUGGAAGAUAUGAAUAUGCAACUUUUUGUCUCCGGGGAAAUUACAGUUUUUUAUCACCCGUCUGCGCUUUUCAGAUGAUGCGUCAGUUAAAGCCAGGCGGCACUAACCACAUUCACUCGACAUUUGGCACGAUCCACGGCCGGUAAAUGAUGAAUUAUAUACCAUUUGGGAACAUGCAGAUGCCCGAUUUACGAGCUGCACCAGUUAAGUUUCAGGGCCAGGCAUUACGGAAAAAGUGACAGUUGAAUUAACUAAACUAUGCUUUGAUUUGCGUGCUUUAUUUGGUCAUACAAAGCUGCCAACCAUUUCACAUCUU